GUUAAGAGAUAAGAGAUAGAGAGAAAAAGAAAAAGAAAGAUAAGGAUCAUAUCAUGAAGAACAAUCUGGUGCGAUUGAAUUGUGGAAUAACAAUGCCUCUCAUUGGCUUAGGCACUUAUUCCUACCAAAACGAUAGGAACACAACAGAAUCAGCCAUUCAUAUGGCCCUCAAGAUGGGUUACAGGCAUUUUGACACUGCAAAGAUAUAUGGGUCUGAGCCAGCUGUGGGAAAUGCUUUAAGAGAAGCUAUUUUAGACAGAAGAGUAGUAGAGAGGGAAGACAUUUUUGUCACUUCUAAACUUUGGGGAAGUGAUCACCAUGACCCAGUUUCAGGACUCAAAGAAACUCUAAGGAACUUGAGCAUGGAAUAUUUGGACUUGUACUUGGUGCACUGGCCAGUCAAGCUGAAACCUUGGGCUCGUUUUGCCAUUCCCAAUGAAGAUGAGUUUGAAAAGUUAGACUUGGAGUCCACCUGGGCUGGCAUGGAAAAAUGCCUUGAAUUGGGUUUGUGUAGAUCUAUUGGUGUCAGCAAUUUUUCAUCCAAAAAGAUUGAGAGCCUCUUGGAUUUUGCCUCUGUUACCCCAGCUGUCAAUCAGGUGGAAAUGCACCCGAUGUGGAGGCAAGCAAAACUGAGAGAGGUUUGUGGGGACCACAAAAUCCACGUAAGUGCCUACUCACCACUUGGUGGGCCUGGGAAUUCAUGGGGGUCAACGGCUGUGGUUGACCAUCCCAUUAUCAAAUCCAUUGCCAAUGAACGCAAAGCCACUCCAGCUCAGGUUGCUUUAAAAUGGGGAUUAUCGAAAGGAUCAAGUGUGAUUGUAAAAAGCUUCAAUGAGAGUAGAUUAAGAGAGAACUUUGUGGCCCUUGAUUUGAAAUUGGACGAUCAUGAUUUCCUCCAAAUUGACAAGUUGGAGCAAUGGAAGAUCAUGAGGGGAGACUUUCUUUGCAAUGACACCACAAGCCCAUACAAGUCAAUUGAAGAUCUCUGGGAUGAUGAAAUUUAGUAAUUACUACUGUAUUUUAUAGAAUGAUGUGCUAUUAUAUAUUUAAUUUGCAAUUUUCAUACUUCUAUAUCUUUUUUUCUUUACUUGAAUGCUGAGGGGUUCCCAAGCCAAACAUUGAGGAUAGAGAAAAAUAUAUAUAUAUAUAUAUAUGUUUUUUAAG